CACCCUAAAGUCGAAUUCUUCUUAAUUUUUAUUUGAACAAAAUUACCCCCUUUCCCUGUCAAAACCCUACCCUUCUCUAUCUCUCGGCUCUGCCUCUCUCUCCCUCGGCAAUCGGCGAUCAGCAACUCUUUUGUUCGGAAACCGUUAAAACAGGCUCUGUCCGCCCCCUAGUGCCUCACGGUGCCUGCUCCAACGAGUCAGCGAGUCAUCUCGCCCAAUCUGAUCUGCGCGGACUAGAGAUAAAGAGGAGAAGAUAUGGAUUCUGAUGUGGAUCAUUAUGAUGUACUGGGUUUACCCUCUGGUGAGGAAGGAGCUAAGCUUUCAGAGAAAGAGAUAUCUAAAGCAUACCGGUUAAAAGCAUUGGAGUUGCACCCGGACAAGAGACCAGACGAUCGUAAUGCACAUGCAAAUUUCCAGAGGUUGAAGACUUCAUAUGAGGUUCUCAAAGAUGAGAAAGCCCGGAAACUAUUUGAUGAUCUACUCCGGGUCAAACGUGACAAGAUUAGACGCCAAUCUCAACACGAUACAAAGCGAAGGAAAAUGAUGUCAGAUCUCGAGGAGAGAGAACGUGCUUCUUUUGAACCUGAUGCACGCGCGAAAGCUCAAGAUGAGGAAGAACGCAUUGCUAGAAAACUUAAAGAGGAAAUUGCCAAAAUCCGUGCAAUGCAUGCUAACAAAGCUUCUGCUACUACACCACCGCCAAUGAAGAAAGAGACCGUAGCAGGGGGGGAUAAGGAGAGCACCGGAGGUGGUAGUAGGAGUAGUCUAGAUAAAGAGAAGGUGCUUAAAGUAACAUGGGAGAAGAUCGGUGUAGAUUAUACUGCCCAACGAUUGAGGGAACUGUUUGGGCAAUUCGGUGAGGUAGAAGAUGUAGUCAUAAAAAGUUCUAGGAAGAAAGGGUCGGCUCUUGUUGUCAUGACAUCUAAAGACGCAGUUGCCUCUGCCUGCGGGAAUGUGUUGGGAGAUCUUUCAAAUCCCCUCUUAGUAGUGCCUCUUGUGCCAUCUAACCCCCCAUAUGCAUCACCUCCCUUUUCUAGCGAGUCCAAAGAUGUAGAACCAAAUGGCCCAGCACUCAAUAAUCUUGUUGGCGCGGGAUAUAAGUCAUUUGAAGACGCUGUAUUAGAGAAGAUGAGAAAGGCAGCUCAAAGGCAAAAAUAAGGUAUUCAAUUGAACCAACCAAUUUGAUUUAUUGACUGGUAAGGAGGGGUUAUUACCAGAAAUUGUGUUGCUUAUAAUAUAGACAUAUUGAGUAAUCUGUUUUCACUCAACAGCUCUGCUACGCCUCAUUGUAUUUUUAUCUAGAAUAUCAGCUUCAAUCUUUACUUGCAACCUUUGUAUACCAACUUCCAUAGGACUUUUGUAAUUUUAAAAAGUUGAAUUUGGUACAAAUAGCAUGGGUAGUUUGGGUCA